CCAGCACCCUUGGGCCUCUCCGUUUCUCCCGUGCCUCUCCGCAGCACUGGUACUCCUCGUUUGCCCGGUCGCUCUCUCCCACUCUUCCUUUGAAGAUUAGAUCUGUUCCGGACGCCGUUCGGUUUUGCUUGCUUCCCUUCCUGGUAGAGGGAAGCAGCGUGAUGGGGUUUAGUAGAGGAGGAGAACCUGGAGUUGAGUGACUCCUACUUUGUUCAGGAAGACCUGGAGGCCCUCAUAGCCCAUUUCCAGACCCUGGAUGCAAAAAAGACCCAGGUCACAGAGACGCCAUGUUCUCCGCCCACCCCACGGUUAAAUGCUUCCCUGUCUGCUCAUCCUGAGAAAGAUGAAUUAAUCCUUUUCGGAGGUGAAUAUUUCAAUGGCCAAAAAGUAAAACCUUCAUGUAUAAUGAACUCUACAUCUACAGUAUCAGAAAGGAUACCUGGACAAAAGUUGACAUCCCUGGCCCACCUCCAAGGCGCUGUGCUCAUCAGGCUGUGGUGGUGCCCCAGGGUGGAGGGCAGCUGUGGGUCUUUGGUGGAGAGUUUGCAUCUCCUGAUGGUGAGCAGUUCUACCAUUACAAGGACCUCUGGGUCCUGCACUUGGCUACCAAGACCUGGGAACAGAUUCGGUCAACAGGGGGUCCUUCAGGUCGUAGUGGACAUCGGAUGGUGGCCUGGAAGCGACAGUUAAUUCUUUUUGGUGGCUUCCAUGAAAGCACAAGGGACUACAUCUACUACAGUGAUGUGUACACCUUCAGCCUGGAUACCUUCCUGUGGAGCAAGCUGUCCCCUUCAGGCCCUGGGCCCACACCCAGGUCAGGCUGCCUGAUGGCUGUCACCCCCCAGGGCAGCAUUGCCAUCUAUGGGGGUUACUCAAAGCAGAGAGUCAAGAAGGACGUGGACAAAGGCACCCAGCACUCAGACAUGUUCCUGCUAAAACCUGAGGAAGCAGGAGAAGGCAAAUGGACUUGGACCCGGAUUAAUCCUUCAGGGGUCAAGCCUACUCCAAGGUCUGGCUUUUCUGUGGCCAUGGCUCCAAAUCAUCAGAUACUGUUCUUUGGGGGUGUGUGUGAUGAGGAGGAGGAGGAGAGCCUGGAGGGCUCGUUCUUUAAUGACCUGUAUGUCUAUGAUGCUGCCAGGAGUCGCUGGUUCACAGCACAGCUGAAGGGACCCAAGUCGGACAAGAAGAAACGGAGGCGGGGCAAAGUAGAGGAACAAGAAGGUGCCACUGAACAGGAGAAUGGGGCAACUGGUGCCCCAGAGCCGCUGGAGGUGAUAAAAGAGGUGGUGGCUGAAGAUGGGACAGUGAUCACCAUCAAACAAGUGCUUGCUCCCUCUGGGCUGGUGCCACAAGCCCCACCUAAGCCUGAAGACAGUGCUGUGGAGGCCAGCAGCGCUGGGCAGGAGCCGUGUCCACGUUCAAAUGCCAUGCUGGCUGUCAAGCAUGGACUACUCUAUGUCUAUGGUGGCAUGUUUGAAGCUGGUGACCGCCAGGUGACCCUUAGUGACCUCUACUGCCUUGAUCUUCACAAGAUGGAAGAAUGGAGAACCUUGGUAGAGAUGGAUCCAAAAUCUCAGGAGUGGCUGGAGGAGACGGACUCAGAAGAAGACAGCAGCUCUGAUGAAGAGGGUGCAGAGGGGGGUGACAAGGACCAGGAAGAGGACAGUUCGGAGGACAGUGCUGAGGAGGGAGCAGAUCCACAGCACCCAGAGGUAGCUCCUGGGGAGCAGUACGAAGAGUACCUGUCCCGCACUGAACAGUACUGGCUGAAGCUUGCCCGGAACCACAUGGGCCCCGAUGCAAAGGAGAAGAAAGUGCUGAAAGUAGCCCAAGCCAUGGCAAAAGCAUUCAUCGAUGAUGCAGUUCAAGACAUUGCACAGGCCAAACAUUAGACUGAGUGAUGGCUUCAACAUCACUGGUGUCCUUAAGCCAGGCAUGAGGAGGCCCCUGCAGAGGUUGUCUUCUGUGCAGCCUUAGGCCACCUGAUGAGGAAUUCACUGUCUUCACAGCAGCUUGAGUCCACUCUGAGAGAAGGUUAGAGUGAGAUGUGAAUGUGUGGGACCUGUAGGAUAUGUGUUCUUGUCCUAAUAAAACUGGCUGUGUGCUCUAAGGUC